CACAAGACGCACAGCUGUACAGCAGGAGCAGACGCAGGGAUGCCGGUCAUCCUGGGUGAGGCCCGCAUUUUGACCUCUCCCCAGUCCAUCGUGCGAAUCCUAGAGAUGCUGUUUGGAUGUGUGACCUUCAGCCUGGUGGUGUCAGCUGAAAGCAGCUUUCUGAACAAAGGUCCUCACUGGUUCCUGUGCAUGUUCAGUUGGUGCUUCUUCUUCGUGCUGACUGGCCUAAUCCUCUUGGUGGAGUUUGUGCAGUUUCAGAGCCUUGUGCCACUUUCUUGGAAAAAUCUACCCAUCAGCAUGGCUUUCUUGGGCGCCCUGAUGACCUUGAGUGCCUCAGUCUGUUUCCCACUGUUUGUGAUCAAAGAAAGCUGCUUUGAAAGAUCUUCCUGCGGCCACUUGGUCAGUGCCACCAUCUUCUCCUGCUUCAGCUUCCUGUCGUACACAGCUGAGGUCUACAUGACCAAGGUAAGAAGUGAGGCUCACAGUGGCUACAUGUCCACCACCCCUGGAUUUCUCAAGGUGUUUGAGGUUUUCUGCAGCUGUAUGAUUUUUGUCAGUGUGGACAGAGAGGUGCUGGACAAUCUGACGACCUACCCACUCUUCUGGUGGAGUCUAGUGGUUUACAGCUGCUGCUUCCUCAUGUCUGUCUGCACUAUUGUUGUUAUGCUGGGCGAAUGCACUGGGCGCUGCCUUGUCCCCUUUGACAGGAUCCUGGCAGCCUUCAGCAUGUUAUGUGUCGUCAUGUAUGUCACAGCUACAGGUUUCUGGCUUUGGCACCUGGUGAACCCACAACAAAAAGAAAAUCCCCAAAGCCUAUGGAGAAACAGUCUGAUCAUCACCAUCAUCUCCUGCCUCAACCUCCUGACCUACACCGUGGACCUGGCCUUCUCCAUCAAGUUAGUCUGCUACAGGACUUGAAGUGGCAUUGUGAGAGGACAAACUGAUCACUCAAAUUGACAUUCAAUGGAAAGGAAGUCAAAACCAGUUAUCACUUUGGAUUUGAGGCCUGCUAACCAUGGAGAAUUUUGAUUCAUCUCUCUUAAUGCCUCAUCAAGGGGCCACUCGGUCAUUAGGCUGAAACAAUGACGCUUGUCAGCAAAAUUCAAUAAAAGUGUCUAAGUUUCACUUCCACACACCCACACAUGCAGACACACAAACAAGCUUGUAUGCUCAGUCACACACACACGUCAGGUGCAUGCUUCCACAGACACUGAAACGGACAAGGAUUGCUUUGCUUAACGAAGACAGCCUCGAGAUCUUUGGACAGACCGCUGCAUCUCUCUUUAUAGCUCCUGCCUUAAAAGUUGACUACCACACCACUGUGAGAAAACAGUAGCUGUUAGCCAUAAAGCUGAUUUGCUGCUCUGAUCGGAAGUCCGUGGGACAGCAGCACAGGUGCAUCAUGCUGCCACAAAUAGAAAAGUGUGCUGCAGACUUCCUGAUGUGGAAGAUACACAGAGCCUUACAAGAAGGUCUAAUAUGGCUAGUACACAUCUGUCAGAUUUAAAUUCUGCACUUCUCCAUAUGCUGGUGCUUGACUCAUUUAAUACAAGUAUUUUGCAAAUGUAAAUUACCCGGUUGAUGUCCAGUGUUUUCCUUAGAUCUCAGUUUUUUGUUGUUUUACCUAGUUAGUUUGAUUCUGUCUAACUCUAGCGUAGUCCGACAUAAACUUGUGCAGUCUGAUUAAGUCAGGCCUGGUGCAAUGAACCUGUCUUCUCAGCUCUGUGUUCUGAGGCUUUAACUCAUGCAGAAUUGCUGAUCAUCAUAAAUGAACUCACACAGCCUGAUCCUAUCAAAUCUCAAAAUUGUCCCACAUAGGGUAGUCCUGCAGGAUUCAGUAUGAUGCGUUAAAGUCCUGUUGUUCUAACUGUGCUCAAUAGCACCUGACCCUGUCAGUUCCAGGUAUCCUGUUGCUACAUGUAAAUCAGCUAAUUUCAUCAAACCUUGAAGUUCUGAGACUUGAUUAUGUGUGCUAUGUGAUCCUGCAAGAUUCUGGUGUCCUACAGUAUUAUCCAUUUAGUCCUUAACUUUUCCUGAUUUGUGUCCAAUGUAUCCUGGGAUAGUCUCCAUCUACUGUACCUCAUGACCCUAUCCUGGAUAAGUGAGUUAGAAGGAUGGAUGGAUAUUUCACAACUCUCAGGUUGCCCCGCAGGUAUGCACACGGGAAAUCCAACAAAGGAAGGCUGCCACCUAGCACACUGGGAGAAUUUAUAGCCCUGUUAGGUGGCAUCCCCCUGUACUUCCAUUAUAUGGGCCUUCCGGCCGGGAAGAAUCCAUUCAUCCCAUUCAAGAAGCCAGUUCAUCCCUGCCUUCUGUUACAUAGUCUAAUCCUGUUACAUUUACUGCCCUGCACCUCCAG